CUGGCUCUCAUCAAAGAGAGAACAAUUUCUCAAUUCCAAACAUCAUAAGUAACUAGAUGAUCAUCCUGCGCUCCGAUAUUUUCGUGUGCUCAAGGCCUCGCCUCAUAAGUAUUCCUGUUACUUGUUAUUCUGCUCAACAGCAUGAUUCUAGCCUUCAACAUAGGUCCAUGACUACACCUGCUGCUCAGGAGCAACAUCGUCGACAUUGACCCUAGGGCAGGCCGGACUGCUCCGUACUAG